GCUCCUUUCCUGACUGGUUGGUGGUUCAUUUGGAGUGUCUGUCAACCAUCAUUGUUUUUCGUGGGUCAAUUGUCCAACCCAGCAACACCAUAGACUAUUGUCAUUCAUUACCUCACCUAGACGACGAUAUCACCCCCUACGCCGUUCUUUUUUUCCUACCAUACAUUUUGGACUACUUUCAUUUCAUUUCCCUGGGAUUACUUACUCUACACACAGUUGGAAAGUGGAAGUACAAGGAAUCGGUCGAGAGCACAGGAUAACACUCGCAAUUUCCGAAUAUUUAAAAAUCAAAGUUGAGGUCGCCGCGCAACCUGUUAUUUUCAUUAGCAAACACCAAAAAAAGAUGUUUAUGAGAUCAGCUCGUGCUGCCGCGCUGGCAGCGGCGUUCGUAUCGCCAAAAGACAUCAAUAUCAACGACCAAACAUCUGUACGCAGUGUUGCCAGCACACUUGCCUACGAACUUAUGUCUUGGUACUCUGGAAAUGUAACGGAUACCCCAGAUACUAUUGGUUCUUUCCCUGAACCAUAUUACUGGUGGGAAUCUGGUGCGGCUUGGGGGGCCAUGCUGGAUUAUUCGCAUUACACUGGCGACUCCAGCUACGAUAGUGUCAUCACACAGGCUCUGCUGUCAAAUGUGGGACCCAAGUAUGACUUGAUGGUUCCAGCACAUUAUGGGUCUGAAGGGAAUGAUGACCAGGCUUUCUGGGCCUUCGCUAUCCUCAACGCUGCGGAGCGGAAUCUCGCUCAGCCGAAUGAUACUGUUCCUCCUUGGCUUGACAUCGCAGUCAACAUAUGGGGCACCAUGGCUGCGAGGUGGAACAGCACUUCCUGUGGCGGUGGACUUGCCUGGCAGAUUUUCGAGUCCAACCCAAAUGGCAUGAGUUACAAAAAUAGCGUUUCCAACGGCGGCUUCUUCCAAAUUUCAGCACGUCUUGCGCGGGCGACCGGCAACGAAACGUAUUAUCAGUGGGCGCAGAAGAUAUGGGACUGGUCCGAAAAAAUCGGCUUCGUAGACCCGAAUUACACCGUCUACGACGGGGCCGACAGCAAAGACCAAUGCGCCAAAGUGAACCAACUCACAUUCUCAUACGCGCAAGGGAUAUACACGUAUGGCGCCGCCGUCCUGUAUAACUACACGAACGGGGAUAAAACUUGGGAGACACGCGCGAACGGUCUCCUAAGCGCGGCGAGUGCGUAUUUUAGUCCGUAUAAGAACGCGACGAACGUCAUGUACGAGCGGUCCUGCGAACCCUUCGAACUCUGUAACAACGAUAUGAAGUCAUUCAAAGGUUACCUGUCUCGGUUCAUGUGGGCGACGACGCGCAUGAUGCCGUCGACGCUACCCCGCGUUCAGAUGUGGCUGAAUGCUUCGGCUAUCGCGGCAGCGAAAGCGUGUUCUGGCGGGAAGAACGGCACUGUGUGCGGCCAGAAGUGGUACGUUGGUGGCUUUGAUGGCGUGACGGGGUUGGGGCAGCAGUUGACUGCGCUGGAGACUGUGCAAGGUCUCCUGGUGGCAGAGGCGACACCUCCGUUUAGGGUUGGUGAGAUUAAACAUAUAGGAGGUCCUAAAAUCUCGGCGCCUACGAAUAAUUCGACUGCUACAUCGCCGGCGCCUGAGGCUACGCCUACCAAGCAGGGAAAUGUCGCCAGUGGAAUUUUCAUCGACUGGCGAUGGAUGUUGCUGGUUUUGACCUCAUCCUGGAUUCUGAUCCUCGUAUGAUAGGGAUGAGAUGAUACUAGACUUUAUUGGAAAUGGCGUUCAGGAUUCUGUUGCUUUUGGGUACUUCGCUGGAGAAGCUGUCGUCGGUUAGGGCGACGUUUGAUACCAUAUUUUAUAUGUUUUCGGCUAGAUGUAUUAUUACAGCCUGAUAGAUUCUUCGAGACUCUGGCUGGUGCCUUGUCAACUUGAUACCUAGAUAGACAAAAGAUUGGAAUGAAGAACUAAGAAUUCAUGUUUUAGUGCUAUGUGUUAUCAGUACGCGUAAAAGAUUACCUGGCCUUAGGCGCUAUUUCUAGCGGAGUUUAACGCUAUUAGUACCUAGGUAGGAUCUAGGGUGCUUCUAACUAGUG